AUGCUAGAGACAUACAUAUCKCCUCUUUUGAUGAGCUAUGUCGACAAAUACAUCAAGAAUCUCAAACCCUCAGAUCUGAGCCUGUCGAUAUGGGGGGGAGACGUGGUUCUUUACAAUCUUGAACUUAGGCUUGAUGUUCUUGAAAAGGAAUUGAAAUUACCUAUCACAUUUUUAAGUGGGAAGAUCCAUAAACUUCAAAUACAUGUUCCAUGGACAAAACUUUUAUCAGAGCCUGUGAAUAUUACUAUCAACACCAUAGAAUGUGUCAUUGAGCUCAAAGAUCCUACAGUUAAACAUGAUGAUGGCGAUAAUGCAUCACCAUUGUCAACUUUGGAAGUUAAGAAAGAACUGGAUAAAAAGAACCUUCAUGACAGAGGUGAACCUCCUCCAGCUGGUUAUGUUCAAAACUUGGUCAACAGAGUAGUCAACAACAUCUCUAUUUGUAUCCACAAUGUUGUYUUAAAGUAUGUUGAAGAUGAUAUUGUAUUGUCAUUGAAUGUGAAGUCAGCAGAAACCUUCUCAGUCAAUGCCAAUUGGGAAAAAGCAUUUGUUGACAUCGCUGCCCCAGAUUACAUCCUGCGUAAAGUUUGUAACAUCUCUGACUUGACAGUUUGCCUCGACAAGAUAAGUACAAGUGGAAAAAUUGAUAUGUACCAAGACCCACUCUUGUAUAAGUGUGGACUGAGUUGCAGGAUUAACAUCAACUAUGAUGCACAAUUAAGACCCAAAUCCACCAAACUUAAUGUGUAUUGUGAGAGUUUUGAUCUGUCAUUGACUGAUGAACAGCUUCCUUUAUUUGUGCGCUUGUUGAAGUUGUGUGUCUUAUUAUACUACAACACUUUAGAUUUGCCUGGGUGUGAAUAUAAGCAACAUYCAGCAGCUAAGAUGAUUAAAGAUAAUCACGACUCUCAGAGAGGGAAAACCAUWAUCUCAAACAGUGAAUCAAGAACCAAUGAAGGUAAUGCAGUACAGCUUCAUCAGUCUUUUAGUGUACCUCAAGAUGAUUGGUAUAACUGGAUGUGGUCUUUYAUUCCUGAGUCUACUACAGAUGAAGCUUUGGAAGAUACUAAAACCCAGACGUCAGAUCUGUUUUUAAUGYUUGGAAUUUACAUCUCUCAAGUGACUCUUACACUAAAACUUACAUCUAAAGUCAGUGAGAGAACAUUUUUUGGUGCUCAGAGAUAUCAAUUCCAGCCAUUAUUAAGCUGUGAAUUGUCUGGGGUUGCUUCAGAGUUGAUAUUACGCGGAGAGGAGUUCUUUGAUGCUCAAGUUGGUGUUACAUCAAUAAUGGGUUGGACACUGGGUGACUGCUCAUGUUACCAUAGUAAUAAGACUGAAACUGUUCAGUCAAUUCAGGAAACUGAAGAGGAUGAYGAAAAGGAAGACAUGUUUCUGUCUGUGAGAGCCCCUCAUGAUUCUGCCACUCAACCCCAAGGAUUUUUACUGGGUUCAUUAUUUCAUUCUGAACAAACAUCCCUAGAGCCACCAGAAAUAGUGUUUGACAAAGAAACAUUUCUUGAGCAACACUCUGAAUCCUUUGCACUCGAGAGAUAUGGUGCCUUUUUCUUUGAUUAUCUUUAUGUUAUGGAUAUUGAGCCAGUAAAAGAUGGUGAUGGUGAAGAAGAGGAGCAUAGCGGUUUGGAUCAUGUAAGAAAGAUAAGACUUGUCAUGGAGAUGUCUCACAAAAGAAUGUUUCUUGGGUCAUUGAAUCUUCAGUUAACAGCAGGUCUGAUUCACAGACUCUCAUCAAUGCACCAGUUUUCAUCAGAUGGYUCUCCAGAUAGAAAAGGUAUUGUUUUGAAAUAUGUCUAUCCCUCAGAAACAGAUUGA